AAUUUUAAAGGUUUAAUAAAAAAGUUUGUUAUCAUUUGAUCAAUUAAUUGUUAAAAUGGUUCCGACAACAACAGACUCCAUGAAAUUUAAAAAUGGUGGGCAUAUUGGAAUACCAUCACGAGAAUUUCACGUGCAUUAUGCAGCGGUUAGCGAAAAUGCUGUUCAGGAAACUUCAAGUGCUCAAAUUAUUUAUGUAUAUUGUUCGCCUCGCAUGAAACAUACAUUAAGCUUGCUUUGGAAGCUUAUCUUGUUAUCUUACGUUAUCGCAGCUCCAUUAUUUAUUUACUUUUUACAAAAAGACUGCGAAGAAAACACGGCCAUAUUGUUUAGACUAGAAAAUAACUAUGCAAAUUACAUAAAACACACUGAAAAAGAUAACUCAAAAAGAGUGCGCAGAGAGAUAGCCAGUAAUAACUCUUUAGAAAUUGGCCUAAAAAUAUUUAAAGAAACUUACAAUACAAAACCAAUCAAUGAUGUGGAGAAAAGCAUUUCAAAUCAACUUAGCACAUUUCAAAAAAAGCUAGAAGUAUAUGCAACAAGAAUGGAAAACGUGAAAGCUGCUGAAGAAUGGAUAAAUAGAAUAUAUCGCAUGUAUUCAAAUAAAACAUCUUUGGCUUGCGAUUGCAAUGGAAAAAAACUAGUUGAAAACUGCGUCAACGUAAAUUAUACAGAAAAAAGUCAAACAAUGGAACAAAGUAUUAAAGGACCUCAAGGUCCAAAAGGUGAUAAGGGAGAAAAAGGUGAACCAGGUCCAUCAGGAGCACCAGGCCAUAGUAUUAAUUGUGCACCUAUAAAAAACAAUUCAAUAAUUUACAUCAAGUGGGGUAGCAAAGAAUGUAACCAAAAUGCUACAUUACUUUACAAUGGUUACAUAAGUGGCGCUGUUUCUACUCAAAAAGGUGAUGGCUCAAACUAUUUGUGUCUUCCUCAACAACCAUCGUAUCGGAAUGUUAACUCUUCAAAUUUAAGUAAAAGCAGCAACAAUAAAAAAGAAAGCAACAAGUUUGCACAAAUAACUGGAAUCACUCAUUUAAAUGGAAAACAAAUUGAUUGUUCAGUUUGCGAAAGGUAUAGCAAAAAUAAUGUCCUUAUGAUACCAGCUGAAACGAAAUGCCCAAUUGGUUGGUUAACGGAAUAUAAAGGUAUGCUUAAAACUCGUCUCAAUAGCAGAACUGAAUAUAUUUGCGUUUAUGGAGAAACUAAUGAAGAUAAUGGUCAGUUAAGAUACGUGGAAGUGUCUAAUUGUAACUUUUUAAAAUGCGAAGCGCAAGGUUACCAAAACAAUGUACCACUUUCUUGCGUAGUAUGUACAAAAUGAGGUAUAAAUGAUAUGCAGUUACUCUUUAGGAUUGCUUGAUUGGCUGACUGCUUCACGUAAAAAAUCAACUUUAAAAUAUACAUUAUUAAUUUUACUAUUCUCAAAGAUCUAUAAAAAUUACUUAGGUCUACAAAGCAAAUAAAUUAUUUAACAAAAUAAACGUGGUUACCUUGGAUACUAAAUACUGUAAAUAUUCAAAAUUGUGUUAUUUAUUCGAGAGUAUCAAAUUUGGUUUUAAAAUCAUAUAGUAAUUUUAUUGAUUUUUUUUUUACUAUAAUGUAGCAAACUUAUUAGUUUACAUUUAAAAUGCAACUUUCCAUGUUACACUUAAUAUCAACGAUACACUCAAUAUCAACGAUACACUCAAUAUCAACGAUAUACUCAAUAUCAACGCCACACUCAAAUCAACGCUUCCUUCAAUAUCAAUGCUACACUCAAUAUAAAUGGCGUAUAUGCAAAAUACCUUUAAACGGCACACGUGCGCCUUUCGAAGUUAUUUAUGAAGUGAAUGAAAUUUGAGAUAUUCAGAUUUAAAAUUUAGGCUUACUUAAUAUUAGAUUAUUUAAUUCGAAAAAUAUUUAUUCAUUAUAUUUUUCAUUAGUUUAAAUGACAUGAGGCAUAACUAUACCAUCUGAUGCCCGUGGCAAAUUAUUGGAUGGACCUCCUCAGAACAAAUUGUCACAUUGUAUAUGAAUUUUGAUAAACCUUAAAAAAUUUGAAAUAAAAAUUGAAUAACUUAAAAAGUUA